CAAUGACAUUUCAGUGAAUCAAAUUCACAAAUUGUGAAAGAACCCUCGGCGGUAUUGUGGUGAAUUUAUGAGUUUUGUUCUUAACAAUUAUCAUCUAGAAACUACAAUUUCACGUGAAACUCAAUGUUACGUACACGACAUGGCUGUGGCUUGGCCUUAAAAUAAUAAGAGAAAUUGUUAAUAGAUUGUAACGAGUUCGUACAAAUAAAUUGCAAUUUUUCAUCAACAUGGAUAUAAAUCAGCUUGUCAGCAAAAAUCAGUCCAUUAAGAUAGUUCCAUCGAUAGAAGAAACUCUACAAAAUCAAGGACUUGAUGUCGAUUUGGAUGAAAACACAAUACUAUGGCUGAAUCAAUUGAAAGAAACAUGGAAGACGUGGAAGAGGAGUCCUACCGUUGAGCAUCAUAUUGAAUUGUUUUUAAACUCCAGGCACGAUACAUUUCGCGUGGCCCUGGUCUUUGUUAUAAAAUGCGAAGAUUCAAAAGACUGUAAGACUAAAACAUUACCCCAUUUCAUUAUUGAGAUUUUACAUAAAUGGUCAAGAGCUAGAAAUAUAGUACCUGAGGACUGUCUUAAACUACCUGCAUUCCACAUAGCUAUCAGGCAAAGAAACCAGAGCUUUCUAUGUCUUAUGGCAAAAACAUAUCAGUUAUCAACCAUCAAAGAAACCAUUUUACCUAUUGUAAGGUCUAUGAUCACAAAUGAUAACUGUAAGCAAGCAUGUCAAAUCGUCAUUGCACUCGAGUUAUUUGACGAUAUAUCAGUACAAGAAUUAUUAUUUCCAUUGAUUCUGCAAGAUAAAUCAAAUAUUAUAGAUGAAUACCUUUCUGAGUGCCCGGCUCAAGUGGCACCACUUCUUCAGUUUCUGGAUAUGUUACUUGACAAAAACUUUUGCAUUCGUGAAUAUGUUCAAAAAUAUAUUGAAGAACACAAUAUUUGUAACAUCAAAUAUGAUAAAAUACAUUAUAAGCCACUAGGAAAGUUGGUGGCAAGAUUGUGCAAUAAAUUCAAGGUUCCAAUUGAAACUUGUAAAAAUCUUAGCAAAAAUCGCACAACUGGUGGCUUAAGAUAUUUAAUUCACCAAAAAUAUGAAGAAAAUAAUGUAAGCACAGCUGUUUGGGAUGAUUUAAUCAAAGAUUCACUUAGACAGAAUGCAGACUCGGCACAUGAGUUCAUUGACAUGCUUAUGAUGUAUGACAAGAAUGAAGCUCUUAAGUGGGCAUCAUACUUGAACUUACCAGACAACCUGUUGCCAGCCGCCUUGAAGGAAAUGACUAUUCAACAUGAUGAAGCAGAACCUGAAAAUUGGGACACUGAUGUUAAGACUGAAGUUACUCAUCAGGAGUAUUAUAAGUUUACUUUGCCCCUGGAGCAAAUAAUUAUAAUAGACACAGCUGAAAAGUUUUAUGACCUGAUGAUGAAUGAUUUAGUAGGAUGUAGUCUAGUGAGUAUUGAUUGUGAAUGGAAGCCAUCAUUUGGAGCCAAACAAUCUCAAGUAGGGCUCAUUCAGAUAGCAACUGAUAGAAAUGUAUACCUUAUAGAUAGUAUCAUACUCAAUCAAAAACAAUACUCCAGCUUUUGGCACACUUUUUACAAGUCUCUCCUUGACAAUGCUGAAAUAAUCAAAAUAGGUUUUGGUCUAGAACAAGAUUUGAGGGAAAUGAAAGCAUCAAUUAUUGGUUUGAAUAACAUAAAGCUAAAAGGAGAAGGUCUGCUGGAUAUUUGUAUACUAUGGAAGAAUCUUAUUGGUUGUGGUUUAGUUUUGCCAAGCAACAGUGACAGCGCAGGAAACAGCCUGAGCUCUCUAGUCCAGUCAUGCUUUGGCUUGCCACUUGAGAAGUCAGAGCAAUGCUCUAACUGGGAAUUGCGACCUUUGCGAGAUACACAGAUCCAAUAUGCAGCUCUGGAUGCGCAUGUCCUAAUCCAGAUAUAUUAUUUCCUUCAGCAAAAAUGUUUAGAACAGAAAAUAGAUUUUGAUGAAAUAUGCAAUGAAGUAACACUGGAGAGAAAGAAGAAGUGUUCAAAGAAAGUGAAAGCUUUAGAAAAAACUCAAAAUUUUGUCCCAUUAAAGUCUGUUACUGAUGUAAAACUAUUUGUUGAACCGGAAUUGUCUAACAUAGUGGCAUAUUUAAGGUAUUGUGGAAUAGAUGCUGUGCUGAUUCCACCUACUUUAUUAUGGCAUGAUGUAAUAAAUUUAGCUAUAAGUGAAGAUCGUAUGAUUGUAACAGCUAAAUUUAAGUGCACUCCAUUUGACGAAUUUCCACAGAGCUGUAUAUUUGAUGCAGGGAAGGGCAGGAAUGUUAAAGAGCAACUUCACAUGCUCUUUAGUACUUGUAAUGUAGGCAUUAAGCAGAAUGAUUUACUUAGUCGUUGUUUGUUAUGUAAUGGCAAAGCUUUGAAGAUUAUGUCUGUUAAUGAGGUAACUAAAAUUUGUAAUGAGUAUCAAGCUUCACUAACUGUUGAAGCUAACAAUAAGACAUAUGACAAUGAUUAUGAUGAGGAUGAAGAGUUUUAUGAUAGAUUUAAUAGUGAUUCAGAAUGUGAUGAAGAUACCUUACAGCCAAUGCACAAGCCAGUACUGAAGGCAACUUGCCUCACUAGCAAGGGUGUGCCGGUUGAUAUAAGUAAUGUUAACAAACUUUCGUCCUCUGGCAAAUCAGCAGUAUUGUGUGAGCUCUGUGGUAAGGUAUUUUGGGAUGAAGAUGAAAGCUUAAAACCAGUUAGUGAACUAGUUUCAAAUAUUACAAAACUCAGCAUCUGAGAAUAUAUAUAUAUAUAUACGAAGGUACAAAUAGAUGUUAAAAGCAAUACUGUUUUAAAAUAAAAUGUUUAUUCAAACAUUAAUAUAUUGCCUGUAGUAAUAAAUGUAUAUAACAUUAUAUUAGAUAGUUUUUAACUACAUAGUAUUUACUUAAGUGUUACAGCAUACAAUUAAUUUUAAUCAAUUUUAAAUUAUUAAGAUAAUGUCUAGGUAUGGUGAAAUAGGUGAAUCUCAUAUUUGUUUGGUCCCAAAACAUUUGACUAUGGAAAAGUAAACAUGUAUUGAAAGAUUAUUAAAAAUGUGUAUUAUAAUAUAAUCCUUAUAUGUGGUUGUAUAAAAAAACUAUGAACAAAGUAUUGUUAAGUAAUUUAAAAAAUACAAAUCAUAAAUAAUAAUUAUGUACUUCCACGAAUCCACGUUCCAGAAUGUCAAUCACGAAAUACUUUAAUCGUUUUCGUAAUGCGUCGAAAAAGCUGUAUUUGGUUUUGUAAUAUCUAUUUUAACUUCGUAACUACUUAGCAGUCGUUAAACAUAACCAGAUCGGAUAUCGCAGCAGCAAGCAUAGCUACCAAUGAUUGUUUGACUUAAAAUAGACAACAAUAUAUUUAAUAAGCUAUUGAAUAAUGUGCAUAAGCAUAAUAAGAAAUGUUAUGUCUGGAAAACUGGUGUAACAGUCACUGCCUUAGGUAUAUUAUCAAAAAUAGUUAUUACAUUUUAUUUUACAGUCAGAGUUGCGAACUU